AUGGAGCUAACUCAGUGGAUAACAGGGGGUCGUUCUACCUUUCACAGAGCCGGUAAGCGCCCCAGUCUGUGUCGCUGCAAAACAUUUCGAGUGGCUGUUCUGAGAAGAUCAUGCUCUUGGGUGUGUUUCAUCGCUUUCGUCUGUGGACUCUUUCUCCUCCUCGGAGUGUGUUUUCUCAAUCUCUUUGACCCACAACUCCAACCCCUCUCUCUCACUGGAGUGGAGCCCAGAGAUGUCACCCUUCUGUUGUGGACGCACCCCUUCGGCCGUUACCGCAGACUGCCAGACUGUGAGGCGCGCUUUGGGAUCCGUGGGUGCGUACUGACCGACGACCGACGCAUGUACCCUGGGGCUGACGCCAUCAUCAUGCACCACCGUGAGAUAGUGACCAACGCCACGGCGCUCCCGUCUGACCCACGACCCCAUGGCCAGAAGUGGAUCUGGAUGAAUUUUGAGUCCCCGUCUCACACUCGUGGCCUGCGGCAGUUCGAGGGCUUGUUCAACCUCACCAUGACCUACCGUGCAGAUUCAGACAUCUUCCUCCCCUACGGCUACCUGGUGACCCGCCUUCACCCUCAGGCCAACGCCCCCCACACACGCCCCCGACGGCCCCACCUACUGGCCUGGGUCAUCAGUAACUGGUCGGAGUCGCAGGCCCGCGUGGAGUAUUACCGUCGGCUGGUUAACUACGUUGACGUGGAUGUGUUCGGGCGCGCAGGUGUGCCACUGCCAGAGGACAGCACUGUGGUACGCACGGUGAGGCGUUAUCUGUUUUAUCUGGCGUUGGAGAACUCCCAGCACCCCGACUACAUCACUGAGAAGCUCUGGAACUCCUUACUGGCCGGGGCCGUUCCUGUAGUUCUCGGGCCGCCGCGGGAAAACUACGAACGCUUCCUCCCCCAUGAUGCCUUCAUUCAUGUGGACGACUUCUCCUCUCCCCGCCUGCUCGCCCAAUACCUGAUGCUGCUGCGCCGGAGCCCCACCCUCCUGCAGAGACACCUGGCUUGGAGGAGGAGCUACACCGUGCACCUGACUGCUUUCUGGGCGGAGCAUUACUGCACAGCAUGUCGCGUUGUGCGGAACCACAGUCUCCGGACUAACACCAUCACCAACCUUCAGCGCUGGUUUGAGUCCUGACCUCAGUGUGGAACCACAGUCUCCGGACUGACACCAUCACCAAUCUUCAGCGCUGGUUUGAGUCCUGACCUCAGUGUGGAACCACAGUCUCCGGACUGACACCAUCACCAACCUUCAGCGCUGGUUUGAGUCCUGACAUCUGACUCCUUUUUGACCUUCCAAUAUGUGGUGACUACUAUGAACAUGAUUGGUCAGAUAUCUAGCCACAACCCAGUCUGUAGCAGGGAAUCUAUAGGAACAACCCAGUCUGUAGCAGGGAAUCUAUAGGAACAACCCAGUCUGUAGCAGGGAAUCUAUAGGAACAACCCAGUCUGUAGCAGGGAAUCUAUAGGAACAACCCAGUCUGUAGCAGGGAAUCUAUAGGAACAACCCAGUCUGUAGCAGGGAAUCUAUAGGAACAACCCAGUCUGUAGCAGGGAAUCUAUAGGAACAACCCAGUCUGUAGCAGGGAAUCUAUAGGAACAACCCAGUCUGUAGCAGGGAAUCUAUAGGAAC